AUUAGUUUACACGAAGGGGUUGGACCGUAGCCUUAAAACUCUUUAGUUUUGUUUUCUAUGAGAAGGCCCAAAAUAAUGAAAGGGUGAUUGCGUAACCGUAAAUACUUGUAACUUCUUUGUUGUAUUUUACUAUGAGACAUGAGUUUAGCAAAUUGUCUUUUCUAGGGUUUCUUCGCUUUUCCAAUCAUGGAUCCCCAAUCAAUGGAUGUUGAGACGGCGAAACGAGCGUCAAUGGCGGAGGACGAAUCUGCUUCUCCUCUCACGAAAAAAACCAAGGUCGAAGAGGAAGAAGACAAGGAAGACGACGGAGACACGGAAGAUGACGGAGAUUAUGACAGCGACGACGGCUAUACCGUUUUUAGAGGUAUGAGAUUUAAAUACGUGCCAGAAAAGGAACCGGAGUGGGAUGUGGACAGCUACGAUGGUCGUGAAUACGAAUCAGAUCCAGAGGAUCGUAAGCAUUUCACCAGCGAGGACAUGUAUAAUGAAUACCGUCUGGACAAGCGCGAGAUCUUCGAGAGUAAGGGGUUUAUACCAGAUUACGCAAACGGAAUCUACCCUUUUGGGGAUCUGGAAGCACCAGCGGGUGAAAACAGGACUAAUAGAGAUGAGUUGACACAUUUGGCUUCCUUGUGCUUUAAGAAACUCAACGAGUACAAGGGAAAGUGUGUGGAAUUGGUGAGUAUUGAGCGAGCUACUGUAAGCGGAGGAGCUCGAUGGAAGAUUUAUAUAACGUGUAUGGCUCGGGAGUAUGAGAAUGGACCGCUUGUAGAGUAUCAAGCCAAGGUGAUGAGGUAUGCUGGAAAUUAUGAACCUCCCUUUCCCAUACUUUGCAGACCAAGCCCUAAACCCUCCAUCUAAAUAAAUCCUAGACUUGCAUAAUUGCAUUGAGGCAUUGAGCCAAAUGCCUAAGCCAACAUAAAUUAGGCAAGUAUAAGAAACCAUAUAUGAGUUGAUCAUGGGAGUUUUGACUCAACUUUAAGUGUCUCCAAAACUUUUGCGAUCGACAUCGAAGAACUUAUCUACAAAAUCAAAGAUCGAUUCAUACCGAAACAAGGUUUUGAGAGACUUGGAUAGUUGGAUAGAUGUUCAACCUAUGUAAUGAUGAUAAUAUCUAAAUGUGAACCCAAACUCUAUAUUCAUUUUCAUAUAGUCAUGGAAAAAAAAAACAUAUGAACAUCGGCCAACUCGUGUACUAUUUCCAUAACUUUUUUAAUGGGCUAAAAGGUUUGAAACAAAA